UCCUACAUAUGCAUGUGUGCGGCCACGUUUUAUAAUUAUUAUAAGCAAAAUCCGGAGGAGGGUAUGUACUUAGUUUAUGUCUCUGCAGCAGGCGAGUCGGAGAAAAUGCGGUUGGAGAUAGAGGGAGUGGUCGCUAAGUACCCUGAUCUAUUUGAAGAGCCGAAAGGGGUUGUCGAGAGGGAGGUCGUCCACGCGAUAGAGAUUAUCCCAGGGUUUAGCAUUCGGAAGGGUAGGCUCUAUCGGAUGUCUCCAGGCGAGCUCGAUGAGCUCCGCCGGCAGCUCAAGGAACUUGUAGAGAAGGGUUGGAUCCGGCCUAGUGUCUCCCCUUACGGGUCUCGUCUCUUGUUUGUACCGAAGAAGGGGGGAACGUUGAGGAUGUGCAUUGACUAUAGGGGCCUCGAUGCCAUCACUGUCAAGAAUAGAGAGCCCCUACCACGCAUCGAUGACUUGUUGGACCGAGCGCAAGGGUGCCGGUACUUCAGUAAGAUAGAUCUGAAGUCGGGGUACCAUCAGAUUGCAAUACAGCCCGAGGAUCAACACAAAACCGCUUUUCAGACCAAGUGGAUGAGCCAACCCGUUCUCUCGGAUGCAUUGAAACGAUGGAUCGAAGUCAUUGAGCAGUACAACUUCGACCCCCAGUACAUCAAAGGAGAGUACAAUAGAGUUGCUGAUGCGUUGUCGCGUAGACCAGACUUCCUUGGUGCGCUGAUCACUGAGUUUGAGCUUGCGGAUGAUGUUACUUGUUCUUUGGUGGAAGCCUAUCGCGAGGAUCCGUUUAUGGCUGAGAUCAUACGCAGACUCGAGGCGGAGGGCAAAGCGACUUCUGCGGAGUUUGAGCUGGUGAAUGGCCUGCUGUUCCUUGAGAAGGCCGGGAAUAAACGUUUGUGUGUGCCUAAUCGAGAGUCUUUGCGUAGUUUAUUUUUAGGAGAGUGUCAUGAUGCCACAGGACAUUUUGGGUACAAGAAGACUGCAGCCAAUCUGCUGCAGCAGUUCUGGUGGCCCACAAUGAUGAGAGAUGCCAAGCUGUUUAGUAAGUAUGCUAGAUUGAUAGCAAUGCCCGAAACAGCAAAGACUGAGUACGUUAUCAGGCUGUUCAAGGAGAACUGGGUCAGRGACUUUGGACUACCAAAGUCUAUUAUGAGCGAUGGGGAUGUCCGGUUCACCAGUGAAUUGUGGAAGGCUGCAGCCGCAGAACAGGGUACGCAGCUACAGAUGACCUCCGGUAAUCACCCAGAGGCAAACGGCCAAGCAGAGCAGCUGAACCUCCGCUGGGAGGUGGUGAGGAUUGUAGUCCACGUGGGUCCGCGAGAAGUGUAUAUGUCGGAGGAGGAGGGUAUGGUGGGGAGAGGGGUGGGAGCAGACCUGAGUGCCACGGAGGUUGCAGCAACGGGAUCUGGAUCUGGAUUGCUAGAUGUGUUGCCGCAAACACCGAUGAAGCAGGGAAGGCAGAAGCAGCAGCAGCAGGACACAGGUCAGAAGUCUGGCAAGACAGAGGCCAGAGCCAGCACGGCGGCAGAGGUCGGCAGCUCUUCUUCGGCGAGCGAAGUUGGCAGCGUCGGCGACAAGGACGUGCAGAGUCCGGACCCUCGCAUCACACUUGCUAGUAGGUUGAGACAGACUCUGGGCGGGGGCGAUAUGCUGGAUAGGGUUGUCAAUUCCUUGCUUUCGGCGAACCAAGACGACCUCCCCGUUCUUCUCGGUCAGAUGACAAUGAGGAUGGAGGGCGAGAAAAGGCGGAGCAAGGUGUUGCUGGAAAGCUUCGGCCGAUCACAUUUUUAUGUCAAGUUCUCAGGCCAGGACGCCAACAGCACUCUGACCGGUUUUCGAUCUGCGGGAGGGAGGAUGAGUAUGAAUACGACUCAAAACAGAGGACUUGUGCAUCAUCGGAGGUGUGUAUACCUAUCUACCUAGCAGUCCCCCUACCUUGGUAGGGGUCUUGAGUCCCAAAGAUAUGUCCCUCUCGGGUUUUCCCGACAGGUAGGUCUCUCGGUUGGCCCUCAGCCAAGCAAAAUUACAAAUCUAUCCUACCUAUAGUACAGCCUCGACGAGAGAGGCUACAGACCGUCAGAACCAGCAAGUCAUUGCAUGUGAAUGGUUGAAAAAAAAAACCCGACCGCUCUCAAAAACAAAACCUCGUAGAUAAG